AUGACUAUUCAUCUAUUGUAUUUUCAUUCAAAUAGGGGGCAGGAAGGCUCUAUGAAAAAAUGGUGGCUCAAUUCGAUGUUGUUUAACGAGGAGUUAGAACACAGGCGUGGGCUAAGUAAAUCAAUGGACAGUCUUGGUCCUAUUGGAAAUACCAGUGGAAGUGAAGAUCCCGUUAUAAAUGAUACGGAUAAAAACAUUCAUUGUUGGGGUGAUAGUAACAGUUCUAGUUGCAGUAAUGUUGAUCAUUUAUUCGGUGUCAGAGACAUUCGGAGUUUCAUCUCUGAUGACACUUUUUUAGUUAGGGAUAGUAAUGGUGACAGUUAUUCCAUAUAUUUGGAUAUUGAAAAUCAGAUUUUUGAGAUUGACAAUGAUCAUUCUUUUCUGAGUGAAUUCGAAAAUUUAUUUUCUAGUUAUCUGAAUUCUAGUUAUCCAAUAAAUGGAUCUAAGAGUGACAAUCACUACUAUGAUCGUUACAUGUCUGAUACUAAAUAUAGUUGGAAUAAUCACAUUAAUAGUUGCAUUGACAGUUAUCUUUAUCUUCGUUCUGAAAUCCGUAUUGAUGAUAGUUACAUUUCAAGUGAUAGCGACAAUUACAGUGACAGUUACAUUUAUACUUACAUUUGUAGCGAAAGUGUAAAUAGUAGUCGUAGUGACAGUGGGAGUUCCAGUAUAACAACUAGGGCGACUGGCAGUGAUUUCAAUAAAAGAAGAAGAAACAAGGAUCUCGAAAAAAAUAAAAAAAGCGAUAUUUUGUGGGUUCAAUGCGAAAAUUGUUAUGAAUUAAAUUAUAAGAAACUUUUGAUGUCAACAAUGAAUAUUUGUAAACAAUGUGGAUAUCAUUUGAAAAUGAGUAGUUCAGAUAGAAUCGAACGUUCGAUUGAUCCGGGCACUUGGGAUCCUAUGGAUGAAGACAUGGUCUCUACGGACCCCAUUAAUUUUCAUUCGGGGGAGGAACAUUAUAAGAAGCGUAUCGAUUUUAAUCAAAGAAGUACAGGGUUAGCUGAGGCUGUUCAAACAGGCAUAGGUCAACUAAAUGGGAUUCUCGUAGCAAUUGGGGUUAUGGAUUUUAAGUUCCUGGGGGGUAGUAUGGGAUCCGUAGUAGGCGAGAAAAUCACCCGUUUGAUCGAGUAUGCUACUAAUAGAUCUUUACCUCUUAUUAUAGUGUGUGCUUCCGGAGGAGCGCGCAUGCAAGAAGGAAGUUUGAGCUUGAUGCAAAUGGCUAAAAUAUCUUCCGCUUCAUAUAAUUAUCAAUCAAAUAAAAAGUUAUUCUAUGUAUCAAUCCUUACAUCUCCUACAACCGGUGGGGUGACAGCUAGUUUUGGUAUGUUGGGAGAUAUCAUUAUUGCCGAACCCAACGCCUACAUUGCAUUUGCGGGUAAAAGAGUAGUUGAACAAACAUUAAAGAAUACAAUACCUGAUAAUUCACAAGCGGCUGAGUAUUCAUUCCAUAAGGGCUUAUUCGAUCCAAUCGUACCACGUAAUCUGUUAAAAGACGUUCUGAGUGAGUUAUUUCAGCUCCACGGUUUUUUUCCCUUGAAUCAAAAUUCAAUCAAGUAG